AUGUUUUUUGUGAAUGGUGAGAUUUACUUAGGGCAUGGUUGUUGUGAAGCCAUUCGUACCAUUGAGCAUCAGUGUUGGCCUGCCUUGCUUAGCACGCUAGGGUUUACAACCGAGGAGACUGAUGUACUCAAGGGUUAUUGUGAUGAAACCCAUCAUAUUCAAUUCCCUCUGUCAACACCAUCACCACCUGUUGUUGAUAAACCUUAUUAA